GAAUGAUGAUGAUCGGUUCACAGAAAACUUCAGUUUAUUAGUCUGUGGUUAGUUUUCUUUUUUCCAGGAAAAUGGUGGGCCCCCAAAUAAUUAAAUUACGAGUACAAAAAAAAACACAAAUUGGACGCCACAGGAGUAGGAUAAGUAAUUUAUAAAAUCACCAAUGGACUCAAAUUCAAAAAAGUAUGUUACAAUAUCAAUCCUAGCUUUCGUUUGCUACUGUAACACACUGUGGGGGACUUUCGUGUUUGAUGAUAGUGAGGCUAUAAUUAAGAACAAAGAUGUAAAACCCGACUCACCAAUUGCUCAGAUAUUUGAAAAUGAUUUCUGGGGUACAAAUAUAUCUCUCAACAGUAGUCAUAAAUCUUAUAGACCCCUUACAGUAUUAUCUUAUAGACUAAAUGUGAUUUAUUCAAUGAAUAAACUUGAUGCAUUCCAGUUUCACGCUACUAAUGUGAUACUUUAUGGUAUUCUUUGUUUACUUACCAUUCCCAUUUUUGAACUAUUUAUAAAAAAAAAGAAAUACGAAAGUAGCAUGGAUGAUGUUGCCCUCACAGCUAGUGUUUUAUUUACUGUACAUCCUAUACACACAGAAGCUGUUGCUGGACUAGUUGGGAGGGCUGAUAUUCUUAGUUCAAUACUUUUUCUUGUCAUUUUAUUAUGCUACCAGUCACUGAUAAAAAAAUCAUUUCUGCUGUGGUUUUGUUUUGUUUUCACAUUAACCACCUGUGCUGUUUUAUGUAAAGAAACUGCAAUAACUGUAUUGGGUGCUUGUCUAAUAUAUGAUGUCUACAAAAGCAAAAAAAGAAGAAAAAGUUGGUACAAAAGUCUUUGUGCUCCAAUGCUUGUGUGUCGAGUGAUUUGCUUGUUUAUCAUAGGAUUAAUUAUAAUGUAUUAUAGGCUAAAAAUUAUGAUGUUUGAAGGCCCAACAUUUAGUAAGACAGACAAUCCAGCUGCCUUUGCUGAUGAGUUUUACGUUAGGAUACUCACCUAUAAUUAUAUCUACUCUCUUAAUGCUCUACUGUUGUUGUGGCCCCAAUGGUUAUGUUUUGAUUGGUCUAUGGGUUGUGUUCCUUUAAUUUACGACAUUUCUGAUUACCGCGUUAUACAAGUGCUUUUAUUUUGGGGCGGGUGUGCUAGUAUUUUCAUAGUCUUGAUUCGAAAAUCUCUGCUUUUUGAAUUAAUUGACAUCCGAAUCGUGGUCCUAAGUCUAGUAAUAUUGCCACUUAUACCAGCGUCAAAUAUACUGUUUCAUGUAGGUUUUGUCAUAGCUGAGAGAACAUUGCUCUUACCUAGUACAGGCUUUUGCUUUCUGAUUGCUUUAGGAUUUAAGAAAUUAAAGACGCGGUAUAGUUGCGAGAAGCUUUUUGUUGUGGCUUAUAUUUUGUUGUGCUUUACGUUUGCCAUCCGCACAAUUCAGCGCAACUCUGAGUGGUUGUCUGAGGACCGUUUAUUUAAAUCAGCACUUGCUGUUUGUCCCAACAAUGCCAAAGUACAUUAUAAUAUGGCAAAAGUGGCCGCUGAUGCAGGAAGGCGCAUUGACGCGCUACAAGGCUAUAGAAAAGCCAUUGAACUAUAUCCUGAUUAUGAACAGGCCAUGAAUAAUCUAGCAAAUUUGUUAAGAGAAGAUAAAAAAUUUCAAGAAGCAGAAGAAUUACUGAGAAAAGCUGUGAAAGUGAGGCCAAACUUUGCAGCAGCUUGGAUGAAUCUUGGAAUUGUGUUAACAAAUUUAAACAAAUUGGAGGAAGCUGAAAAAUGCUAUAUGAAAGCAAUUUCCCAUCGUAAAAGAUAUCCAGAUUGUUAUUACAAUUUGGGAAAUUUGUAUUUGGAUCAAGGCCGCCACAGAGAAGCUCUUCAGUCCUGGCGUAUGGCAACUAUUCUCAAACCCACUUUAUCUGCCGCUUGGGGCAAUACUUUGGCCCUGUUGGAUACACAAGGGCGUUUGCAAGAUGCAUUACGAAUAGGCACAGAUGCAUUACGUUAUAAUCCAGACGCGCAUGCACUGCACUUUGCUUUAGGCAAUGCUCUUGGUAAAUUGAAACGUUUUGAUGAAGCUGAAAAGCGAUUUCUGAAAGCCAUAAAAUUAAAUCCGCAGAACGCUUUAUAUUACUCUAACCUCGGAGUUUUAUAUCACCGAUGGGAUAAACCCAAAGAAGCUAGGCAAAUGUAUGCGAGAGCACUAGAAAUUGAUUCCAACCUUAAGUCAGCUGAAAUGAAUCUCAAAAAACUUCCAGGGGACGAGACUGCUCAAUUAAAACCUGUGUAAAGUUAAUAUUUUAUUUCUAUACAAAUAUACUUAUUUGUUGACAAGCA